AUGUUUAGCGUGGCGGCCGUUCAAAGUGCUUUCCAAGAAUCUCUGGUUCAGGACGAUGACGUGGAUGUGAAGAACUACGUGUUGGCCUAUCAAGAACUUUGCAAAUUCUGUUCGCAGCUGGGAGGCUUGUUUGGUUUUGUCGUCAGCGAUCUCGAGAAUAAGAUCGGACUCCUCAACCAGCUGGUGACCGAAGACGAGCUACAUUUUUCCACCGCCCAGAAUAUGAUAAUCCACGAGACUUCCAAUGAUUUGGUGUUCUCUGGUCGUUCUGGCUCCAUAACAUUGUUGAGAUUGAAUCGCGGUCUUGAAUUCAUUAUUCUAUUCAUGUCUAAACUGGUUUACCUACAACCUAAUGAUAGCACGAGACACUGUGCUCAAGAAGCUUAUAGCGAAACAUUGGCCAAACACCACUCUUGGAUUAUAAGGCACGGUGCUCUGUUUGCCAUGAAUUUCCUUCCCUGUCAAAAAGAUUUGUAUAAUCAGACUCUUGGCAAUGCUCCUGUAGAAGAAACAUUGGAUAAAAUGCCUGAAAUGAUUUCCAACGCUUCUAUGGUUCAUGAAAGGGUGAAUAAUCUACUUUCAGGCUAUGAAAUUCUGAAUAUACCGUGA